CCUGGGUAAAGAAGAAACGGUCGUUGUUGCUCCUGGGUAAAGAAGAGACGGUCGUUGUUGCUCCUGGGUAAAGAAGAGUGGGUGUUGUUGUCCACGGAGGCAGCAGCAGCACCUGCGGCCAGCUGACGGGACCCGUCCUCUAUGAUAUACCUGAGGCCCCCCACACCACAGCCUGCAGGAUGAACCUGGGAGCCACUAUACGAAUAAACAAGUAUGGAAUUUCCAUAAUCGUGACCAGUGUGGUGAUGGUGGUCAUGCUGUACAGGUAUGGGCACCCGUCAAGCAUGGGGAAGAAUGCCACGGUGGUGAGCCUGAGAAGCCUUCUCUCUGCGGCCAUAGAUGCUGCGCAGCGAGGCGGAAGAAUCGUAUACGACAUUCGUUUGGCAGCUGAAUUAAAUGAGAAGAGCAAAGGCAAGACAAAGGAGGGUGCAAAUGAUCCGGUUACUAAUGGUGAUUUGAAGUCUCAUUUGACCAUGUUUUACUCGCUCAAGAAGAGUUUUCCAGAAGUGGAGAUUAUAUCUGAAGAGCAUGAUUCCGGUAACUUGGAGACAUCCUCUGUAUCACGAGCCUCGACGUACAACUCUGAAGUGAAUAGUGUCAUCACAGAUGACAUCAUUGUCCCUAUUAAAGAUGUUCGAGUCUGGAUAGAUCCUCUUGAUGCUACUCAGGAGUACACUGAAAACCUGCGAGAGUACGUGACAACAAUGGUGUGUGUGGCUGUGAAAGGUUAUCCAACAAUUGGGGUCAUCCACAAACCAUUUGUCAACUUUACUGCCUGGGGCUGGUCUGGAAAAGGAGUUUCCCCAAAGCUUCGUAUAUCUGAAAGCCAGGGAGGCCCAAAAGACAACAUUCCGCAAAUCAUCGUGUCUCGGUCACAUGCUGGCGAUGUGAAGGCAGUGGCCAAGGCUGCCUUUGGAGACAAGACUGAAGUAAUUCCAGCUGGUGGAGCAGGCUACAAGACCCUUGCAGUCAUUCAAGGAGAUGUUGAUGCGUAUAUUCAUGUAACGAUUAUAAAGAAAUGGGACAUAUGUGCUGGGAAUGCUAUUCUAAAUGCUGUCAAGGGCAACAUGACAACCUUAGAUGGUUUACCAAUAGAUUACAGCCACCGGGAACAGUACAAGAACGAAGGGGGCGUGUUAGCUACAUUAUAUGAACACAAGUAUUAUUUACCAAAGCUACAAAAUCUCAGAGAGAAAAAAACACCUUAAAAUGUGGUCGUAAUUAAUACUUUUGAAUAUAUUUAUUUCUUUACACAUGGACACUUGAAUUCAGUAAAUUAUUUACUGUAUUUUGAAAUUAAAUUACAGGUAUAAUUAUUUAUGGGUCUGAGCAUUUCAAAUGCAGUUUAGAUUUUUGUAGUCUUUGCAAAAAUUCUUGACAGUAAACAUUGCCACACUUGCUCUGUACAUCUAGUGUGGUGGAACAGUUAGAUUGAAAAUAACACCUUUUAAUAUUUUCUAUGAAAACAUUAAAAUAAUGUGUAUAUAUGUACAGUACUGUACUGAUAUAUAUAUAUAAAUGCUUAAAAAUGCUCAAGAAAGUGGCCAGAUCCUGUAAUUGAUCCUGUUAUUUUACUUCAACUUUAGCCGUCUUGGGAUUUUUUGUUAAACUUUUUGACUCUUUAUUUUGGGUCUCUGUCUCAUCUUCAACUAUUUGGGAAGGGUUCUUACUACCCUUUGUGAACUAGAGGGAACAAUGCACUGCACCUUGGAUAGAUAAAACAUGGUGCACUGGCGUACUAAUAACUAUCAAACACGUUUGGACAAUGUCUGAAUGUGUUUGGACAAGGUGUUGUUUAACUCAUUAUUAGUGCUGAGGUUUUAAUAUUUUUGCUGGGACUACAAUAGUCAUCCAUUAUAUUUCUUCAGUAUUUUAUUUAUUUAGAGCUGUCAAUAACUUUUAAUUUAUAUUUCUUAGAAUCAAUGUUUGAGAACGGAACUAAGCUCUAACUUGACUCGAGUAUUUUGGUAUUCAUUCUUUAAAUGGUGAUCAAAGAUAUUACUUGCAUACAAAUGGUUACAACUAUCGACCCUCAAUCUUCACAGGUUCAAAAUGCUUGAGUUUGGUGAUGUGUGAAUUUUGUUUUCAACUCUUGUACUUGUUCAGGGUGUACGGCAUCAGGGCAAGUCUCGUACAGUUCAUCACGGUGUUAGCAAAGGCUAAUUCAGCCGUGUGGGAGAUUUCAAAUUGAGUACAUGAAUUGGUUUGGUUAGACACAAGUCAUCACAGGCACCUUAGCUGUUGCUGUGGUGCACGAGGCAUCACAGGCGCCUUAGCUGUUGCUGUGGUGCACGAGGCAUCACAGGCACCUUAGCUGUUGCUGUGGUGCAUGAGGCAUCACAGGCACCUUAGCUGUUGCUGUGGUGCACGAGGCAUCACAGGCACCUUAGCUGUUGCUGUGGUGCACGAGGCAUCACAGGCGCCUUAGCUGUUGCUGUGGUGCACGAGUCAUCACAGGCACCUUAGCUGUUGCUGUGGUGCACGAGGCAUCACAGGCGCCUUAGCUGUUGCUGUGGUGCACGAGGCAUCACAGGCACCUUAGCUGUUGCUGUGGUGCACGAGGCAUCACAGGCACCUUAGCUGUUGCUGUGGUGCACGAGGCAUCACAGGCACCUUAGCUGUUGCUGUGGUGCACGAGGCAUCACAGACACCUUAGCUGUUGCUGUGGUGCACGAGGCAUCACAGGCACCUUAGCUGUUGCUGUGGUGCACGAGGCAUCACAGGCACCUUAGCUGUUGCUGUGGUGCACGAGUCAUCACAGGCACCUUAGCUGUUGCUGUGGUGCACGAGGCAUCUUUCUGAUCUCUUGUUAACCCUGCAUGUUGGCCCUCACCUGCCUUGCCUCCCUCUUGUAUCCAGCAGAGUCAGAAACAUUGUUCAGCCCUUGUGAACUUAAAAAAAAUCUUUCACGUUUUCCUCACUUUUGGAUUUCAGUGCUGCAUCCUAGAUUGUUUAUUGAAAAGGUGAGAUUGUUGAGGUCUCUGGCUUCCAAUCUAUUUUGUAUUAUAUUGUAUGAAACUAAAUUCACUCUGCACUAAUUUGCUCUGCAUAUGGUCUUCCAGGAACAUAACCAUUCAACACAUUUAGGGUUGACAGUAUAUUUCAUGUCUUAUUUGUCUUAUUUGACCUUUUAAAUUUAAACAACAACGGCAACAAUGGCUGCACAAGUAACUGGAGAAAGAGCUCCAGAUACUUCCUACAUUUAAAGAUUGUUCAUGGAAAUACAGUACAGUGCAACCUCGAUUCGGCGAACUAUAUGGGACCAACCCCGAUUCACUGGAGUGAGGGAUUUCGUUGCAAUCGAAAAUGCCUGCUAGAGGCAUUCAAGAUACAAUUAUUUUUGUAUUUUAAAAGACAAGAAAAAUACAUUGCUUCAUCUGUCUGUUUCUUCUAAUGUGGCUUCCAUUUACAAAAAUAAUUCAAAACAUGAUUGGCAUCACACACAGAGAUCACAAUAACGUGAUGCAUCAAAUGAACAAAUCCACAAGGGCCGUGACGAGGAUUCGAACCUGCGUCCGGGAGCAUC